GUGGUCCCCGCCGCCCUGCUACCCCCUUAAGGCCUCCCCGUCACCCUCCUGCUAUGGCCCGGGGGGCCGGCGAGGCGGCCGCGGAAGGGGAGCUGGGAGAUGACAGCCUGUCUGUAAUAACCUGUGAAUCAGAUACAGAAAUGAAGUUAAAGAAGAAAAUUUUUCACAAGCCUCCAAAGUCACCAAAGUCUCCAUACAGUUCUAGCACACAACUGUAUCCUAAAAAAACUGCAGUUUGGCGAUCUCUGCAGGGAACAGGCAGUGCACAUCUUGAGAGUGCAGCUGUAAAAAACCCAAGGCAGAUGUGGCUGGGAUCACUGAAACAAGGAAUGAGCCAUCCUCUGAAAUCAGAUGCUGGCAUGGGGCAUAUGCGAACUAACAUUUCUAGUAGCACUCCAGAAUAUUUGAAGGAAGCUCUAGGAAUGAAGAAGCCAAAACACUCUCGUUCUUCUAGUAAUGGCUACAUUCCUGGAACUCCUGACUACAAAGAAAAAGAAGAUAUGUAUGAUGAAAUUAUAGAACUGAAAAAGACAAUACAAGCUCAGAAAAAUGAGGGAGAUCGAAUGAAAACUAAGCUCCGUCGACUAGAAGAAGAGAACAAUAGAAAGGAUAAACAGCUUGAACAACUGUUGGAUCCUUCCAGGGGCUCUGAGCUGGCACGAGCUUUGUCAGAAAAGACAACUGAUAAUGGAUGGGUGGUUAGUGGAUUAAAGCAGAAGAUUCUCAAGCUAGAACAACAGUGCAAGGAGAAAGACAACACUAUUAACAAAUUCCAGGCAGACGUGAAGACCACUAAUUUGGAAGAAAUGAGGAUAGCUAUGGAAACCUACUAUGAAGAGGUUCAUCGUCUCCAGCUCCUCCUGGCAAAAUCUGAGACUAUGAGGAAAAAUAUAGAGGGCAGAGAUACCCAAAAACGACUAAAGGCACUGAAUGCUGCUGUCCUGAGAUUAUCCAGGAACAUCAAGGAAUUGCAGAAUGAGAAUCGGAGGCUGAAGGAAGAUCUAGAUCAUGUACUGAGCAGUUCUCCUCCUUCCAAUAAAACAAAAAAUUACAGCGAGUGGAGCAGACAGAGGCUGAUGAGGCGGAUUUCGGAACUAGAAAAAAAAGUAUGUGCCAUGGAGAACACCAGGGUGUCAUCAGCAGAUAGUGAGUCAUCACAGUUACUUGCUGUGUCAUCUUCGCCUUCUGUAGACCUGGAUCAUCCAGCCUCUCAACAGGUAGACCACGUUGAGGAAUGUCAUCGCCUCCAAGGGCUAGUGAAGAAACUGAAGAGUGAUAGGAAGGCACUUCAAAAUCUCCUACUCAAUAAAGAAUCAGAUAUCAAGCAGUUACUGCAGGCUAAGGCUGAAGUGGAGCUAGAGCUGCAGAAGUGGCAGAAUAAGAUGGAAGAAAAGAGUACAGAAGAGCAGACUUUAAGUGAGGAAAUCCAGAACCUGACACAGAAAGUAGGGAAACUGGAGUCAAAAUUGGAGCAAGAGAAGAGUCAAAUAGCAGAAGAUACAAUGGAAAAGCUUAAUAAGUCUUCACCAGUCUGCACGGUUAAAGGCAAAGAAGAUCACAGGAAGGAACAAGCAGCCAAAAUCAUCCAAAGACAGUGGAAGAUGUACCGAAAUAAGAAAGAAGAAAUUGCUCUGGAUGAGGCAGUUGUUAUGCUUCAGGCAGCUUUCAGAGGACAUUUAGCUCGACAGAAACUGUUACUGAAUAACAGGAUGCAUGAUGCAAAAUCUCACAAGAACUCCUGCAUGUCUUCCAUGUCAACCUCCUUGAGCUUGUCUUCUGAUUGCAAGGAGAAAGAUGAGAUUGUGACAUUUAUCCAGUCCAUUUUCAGGGCUCACUUAGCACGUACAGUACUGCUUGAGGAGAGGCCCUCUGUGUCUAGUGCACCAAGUGAGAAAGCAGAUUCUGCAGUUUACAUUACAGAGAAGAAACUGGUCUCAGCAGUGCUCCAGAGACCUCCUUCAAUCUUCAUGUCACCUCUUCCUGCCAGGUCCUCUGAGAAGCAAUCACAGCCUAUUCUCCCUGUGUCUGUGGAUGAAGCUCACUCAGACGAUUCAGAUGAUAUUGUCAUUGUCUCUCCGUUGUUGCAGAUGAAGAAAAACUACACCCACUUCUAAGUUUUGGUAACAGGCUCUGGUGAUCUUGAAUUAUUCGAUUCACAAAACUGUUUCUACCAAGAUAAAGCAUAUCAAAGAUGAAAAACGGGAGAUAUCAGACCCUUUUUAAUGACAGUUGUCAUUAUUUCAUCCAUAAACGAUUAAUUGUUUGAUAUGCCAUCUCUGCAGACUUUAUGGCUAAAAGCCACUGACUAACUGUUAACCUUAUCCUCCUGGUACAGAUAGAGUUUGGAUUUAAAAACUAAACCAAAACACUUUAAUAUUUUGUCUCACAAUGAGGAUUAUAAAUUCAAUUGCCAAAUUUAAAUGAAAGCAAUAAAGCCUUAAGCUAUUUCAUGUCAAACAGUUUUGUUUCAGUUUGACUAAAAUAAUUUGUUUUAUUGGAAAGUGAUUAAUGACAUGGCUCCAAUUUUCAGCCCAUGUACGUGAAGGGGAACAGCUUGUAUUUGUUACUAGGUCCUCUCUUUAAACAUUUUACUGUGUGAUAUUUUAAUAUCUUUUUUGUUUAUUUUUAUACUGAACAUUUGCAGUCUGUGCAGACCUUGUAAAGGCUUUUAGAAAUCCAUUUCUUUGUCAUAGGGCUAUUCUAGGCCUACUGUAUCAGCAGGGUUUUCUUAUUUAUUGCUUUUUCCAAGUGUGCUUGCUAUGAUAUGUAUAGUACUAUUUUGUAUUUGAAAUGUCCAAACACGUAAUCAAUUUUUUCUAUUUGUCAGAGACGGUGCAUAAUAGCAGGAGUGUUCUGUGAAGGCUACGCUUGUGACUGCUUUUUUUGCUUACAUGUCACAAAUAUGAGUGGAUUAUGCAGGAUCAUCUCUAAUAUGUGAAAACAUUUGGAAUAGGAGAUAUGUUGCUUUAUGUCCUGUUUUAGUUUAUGUCACUUGACUGUCUGAAACUUUCACCUAAAUAGCACUCAGUGUAUGAGCACUCUAAGGGGUUUUCAAGACUAAUGUUUUUCUGUUGUUGAUCUCUCUUCUCAGUACUACUUUGCAUGUGCACCCAUUAUAUAUACAUAUAUACUGCAGGUGUGCACUAAGUCCAGUCACAGGCUGGGAGAGGGGUCACAAUAUACACCCAUUUUCUGUCAUCAGGUACAGCUACAAGGUUGACUGCUGGAAAGCAUGGGCACUCCCAGCUCUGUUCUGAGGGAUAUGGAUUGCGAUGAGCAUAAUAUACAAAGCCUAACCCAUGCAGUUUGGUUUAGGAACAGGAGUGGUAGGUUGGAUUAUAAGAGAAAUUAAGACUACAUCCAGAAAUAACACUGUUUGAUAAUAUUGUUGUCCAUGGAAGGACCAAAGACAUAAUGGGCUCUGGAGAAUAUGGUCCGAGGGGUCUUUCCAGAUCUUUUAAUGCAGACUGUGCCCCUUCUUGACUGAAAGGAGGGCCUUAUAGUUCCUACUAUCAUGCCAACAUCCUUCAUAGGCAUUACAGUGUGUGGGUUUUUUUUUUAAGGUGAACUAGAUAACUUAUAUGGUAUUUACUGGAAGGAGAAUUUAAUUUUACAAGCACACAGUGAAGUUUUUGUGGAGACCCUAAUGGUUCCUUUGUCAUCGAGGAGUAAUAAAGACUCCUGUAAACAGAAAGCACACUUUUAAAUAUAAGAUUUUUAUCACCUUUUCCCUCUUCUUUUUUAAAUUAAAAAUCAGUCGCCACUGUUUCACAGAAUACUAAUAAGUCAGAGCUGUCUCGGUUCUUUGAUUUCAAUGAAGCACUAUCUGAGGCUUAUCAUAGUUCAUGCCAGUACUUGCAGCCAAAGAGGAAACUGGAUGGCUGCAGCACAAUGCAGCUGAUUUCAUUUAAUCCCAUCAGUGGAAAUGCUGCCUGUGCUAUUUCCAAAGGCAGUUUUGGGAGCUCUCCAUACCCAAAGCAGUCUGAAGAAUGUCAUUUACACUCCCGUUGGGUAAAUUUUUCCUGCUGGUACUUUGGUCACAUGACUGUCAUCUGCAGAAAGGAUAAAAAAGUGUAUAAAAUAAAAGAAUAAAAGGGACAGAAUCCUCUUGGCAGAAGGUGAGACCUGUUUCCCUCUUUUUCUGGAAGUCACGUUAUGAAAGAGAGUCAUUUUGCUAAAUAAAAGCAGAGGUCUCCUGAGUUGCUUAUGUAUAAUAUUUCAAGUCUGUAACUGUGACUGUCAUGGAUACCUCCAGAGAGAGUAACUAGAGCUGAGGACUCUGACAUAUUAAGGGGAGAGUAUGUAAUGUGUCAGGAGCAAGAGUGAUAUAAAAUACCUACCUAGCUGUUCCUAUAGGGAAAUACUUGGACAGCAAAUAUAAUGAAGAUGACAUUCUUUUACUUCACUGUGCUGUAAUAACCAAUAUGAAAGUAUUAGGAAGUAGAUACAAGUCUUUCUGCUCUGUGUUUUCACCGAGCGUAUGACUAGCAGUAGUGCUGUCAAUACACAAGUUCUGGGAUAAAGGGGAGAUAGUGUCUUGGCAUGACCCAAAGGCACAGACAAAAAUCAGGGUGAAAAGGAGCAGUUUUCUCCAUCUUCUCCAUUUUCUACUCCAUCCCAGUUUUCUGGGAUGAAUGAGGAUGUGUCUAGAGCUUCCUAAAUUUGAGUCUGCUAUCUCUUAGCUAUCAAAAAUCUGAUACUUAACUUGAGCCGGGCUUCAAACUGCUAUCUCAGUUUGGAAGAUAACUAUAUGCUCACUGCACAUCAAAAGUUUGGUGUGGUACAGUAGAAGGAGAAACUUCCACAGUAUUAGUAGCUUUUAAUGUUGUUUUGUUAUAUACUGCAAUGGAAUGUGUUGAAGGGAGUAGUAAUUGACACUAGGUUUCAUUCUGUGGUUAUCUCUCUGAAUGCCAGCACCUGUAAAUCUGGGAAGAAGUGAGGAACAAUGAAGGACGAAAAAGUUAAUUUUGGAAUAAAUGGUGUUUUUCCUUAACAGGGAGCUGAGGACAGUAAAAAUCAGUGUGGCUCAAACCUGUCAAGGCAGGCCCAAUACAAACCUACUCAAUUUCUGAAAAAUGCAUCUUCUGUAAAAAGUACUGGUGACCUUGUGGGGGCAUCGAGGUCUUGAAUUAAAAUUAAACUGCACUGCAACCUAUGUUAUCUAACAGCACACUUUCCAUUCUACUGAUGGGGGAUAAUGUUACCUACUUAAAACCUUUUGCAAUUUACAGUAGCGUUUAGUUAGAGAUUGUGUGUGAAUAUAGACUUCUGACUUUCAUGGGAUGUUACCGCUCUUGAUCUCUUUUUACCCUUAAGUGCCUAUGCCUGUAAAUCUUUACUGAGGCAUCAAGACCUGAAAACUGUACUGUUUUCUGCAUAGCUAUAAAAAUAAUCCCAGGCAACUUUUAAUAUAGUCAAAAUGGAAAAGGAUUAAUCUUGGCAUAUGAGAGCGCCAUUAAUUUUUAUGAUCUUUUUAAUAUUUAGAACUGUGCAAGUCUUUUAUGUAAUUUAUUUGGGGAUCUUUUAAAAGCUAAAACAAUUGCAAUGUAUUUUCUCCUAAUUGUUGACCUUUCAAAUAAAGUUAAAGUUUGUAAAUUAAUUGUUCAUGCAUUUCUGCUGCAGUUGCUGUGUGUGCAUUGCUCCUCUGGCCUCUGCUGUGUGCUCCUGUUGUUUUCACUUUGCACCUCAGUUGACCUUUUACUUCUGGCUGUUUUCCUGAGCCAAUAGUAACAAGGUAACCCUUAAACAUGUAGGGUGUGAAAUUUCUUCUUCAGUAGGCAUUCAAGAUUGUCCCAUCAGGAAUGAACAGUGUUCUUGACCAAGGCCUAGUGGAAUUGACAGAGGCGAUGGUCUUUUGCUUUCGGUCUUCCCUUCUGGUGUUUUAUUCAGAAAAGAAAUCCUGUCCAGUAGGUCUAUAACUAAAAGCCAUGCCAUUGCCUCAAACAUAUCUGGGUUUGGGUGGAGUACAGCAAGCUUCAUUUAUGCCUUUUUAUCUAUUGUUGUGCUGCUUGCUUGGUGGUUGCAAGUCACACUGACCAGUUAUCAAACCAGUGAAAUUCAGAUAAAAGAUUCAAAAGAAAUUGUUGUGGUGACUGUUCAAAAUAAUCUGCCAGAGAAGAGAAAUGUGCCUAAAUACCUUGUAGACAUGCAGAGGACUGGGUGAAGCUGGUUUGCUGUCAGCCGCAGGGAGAAUAGGAGUCUACAGGCUUCUGAAGACUGUCCCAUUUACUCAGAGUGUAUCCCCAUACCUCGGUCAUUGUUGCUGUUCAUGAAGCUCUGGUGGAAGGAACUAGGAGGUAUGUGUUCCUUUCCAGGUCCACUGAAAAAGCCUUUAGGGACUGCCAGGAAAAAGAAGCCUUAUGCUGCUUUAUGAAGAUAGAAGACCCUGCUAACUGCUGUGAAGACAUGGGAAUCCUGUAGUCAUCUUCCUGUCUAGCAGAGUCCUUGUUGUAGGAUUAAAACAGCUAUGAGUACAAGAUGAAACAAACAAUCUGUGUUUGAUGAAUAUAUUAUCUAAAUUUCACUUUUUUGUUCCUUUUCUCUCUGUUCCACUGACAUAUGCUCUGGAUUUCUUAGCAGAAACUUCAGUUUUAAAUCUUAAAUGCUGGAGGUAAGCCAUGUGGCAUGAAUGGAAAAGUUUUGGUAUGAUUUCUUGGAGCAGACUAGUCUUGAAUUCAGUUGAAAGCAAUUAAGCAUUCACACCACUUGUAUUAAACUCUGCUUUGGCUCCAUCUGAAGUCAGAAUGCCCUUGACUCCUGCAAGCUUUGCAGCAUCCGUUUAUGGUAGGUCUGUCAGCUAACUAAUCGGUUUCCCCAUGUGAACUUCUAAGGGCAAAAGAAAAAUUUCAUUGAUUCGAUGGGCAUCAUUAAGACCUGCAAAGAGCAAAAUAUCUGCAUUAGACUCAAGGUUAUUAGGGAAGGAUUUUCAGGCAUGAUUGGUGGUCUGGUGCUGCAUCAGUUCCUCUGGCGUUUCCUUCUAAAGUUUGCUUAUGUGGUUCUUUACCUGGUAGAGACAGCACUGACAUCAGUUCCUAAAUGUUUGCCCAAUUUUCAGAUGUGCGUGAGGCACAUCGGCUCUUGCUUAUAUGUGGCCUUUAGCACUCAUUCUGUCCUCACUGCGCUCAAAGGAAUAGCCUUGAAUGGUGAGUAUUGCUAUGUUCUUAUUAACUAUACUCUGUUGUAGUCUACUGAUUAAGUUGUACGCUGCUCCUUUUGCCCCUUCCACUGUCUGGCUGUCCUAAUUACCUUUUUCAAAUGUGAGAGCAUAUGUAUUCGUACUGGUCUCCAGGAAAGCGUUCAUGUUGUUCCCCUCAGCGGAGCUGUGUACAAACAAAACUUCCUCUCUCAAGAUGUUGCUCAGACUGUAACGGCUCCCCUUCUAUUUGGUGGGGUUUUUGCCAGCAUGCCUCAAAGACAUUUUGUGCUGGGUACCACCUAAGCCCCUUUAGGGCUUCUAUUCUUGGUAGCACGAACAGAUGUGUCAUAAAAUCUUGAUGCUCAAAACGGUCUGGGUAGAACCAGGAGGGACAUCAUGCCUGUUGUAAAGGGCUGUCU